AUGGACAAAAGAAAUCCGUCGUCGUUCCAGCAGCUGGAGAAGGUCUUCAAAGGCCGCAACCGCCAAACGGGCGAGCUGGUUGCCCUGAAAGAAAUCCACCUCGACAGCGAAGAAGGCACCCCCUCAACCGCCAUCCGCGAAAUCUCGCUCAUGAAGGAGCUCAAGCACGAAAACAUCGUCUCCCUUUACGACGUAAUCCACACCGAGAACAAAUUGAUGCUCGUCUUCGAAUACAUGGACAAAGACCUCAAGAAGUUCAUGGACUCCCGCGGCAACGCGAACGGCUCCCUCGACCCCUACGUUAUCAUGUCCUUCAUGCACCAGCUCCUGGCGGGCAUUGCCUUCUGCCACGACAACCGCGUCCUCCACCGCGACCUCAAGCCCCAGAACCUACUCAUCAACAACAAAAUGCAGCUCAAACUCGCCGACUUCGGCCUCGCGCGAGCGUUCGGCAUCCCCGUCAACACCUUUUCUAACGAGGUCGUCACCCUCUGGUACCGCGCCCCAGACGUCCUCCUCGGCUCCCGCACCUACAACACCAGCAUCGACAUCUGGAGCGCCGGCUGCAUCAUGGCCGAAAUGUACACGGGCCGCCCGCUCUUCCCCGGCACCACGAACGAGGACCAGCUGCAGAAGAUCUUCCGGCUGAUGGGAACGCCCUCCGAGCGCUCCUGGCCCGGCAUCAGCCAGUUCCCGGAAUAUAAGCCCGCGGCGCAGAAUUUCUAUACCCAGGAUUUGAGACUCAUAUUGCCGCACAUGGAACCCCCCGCCCUUGAUCUUUUGACGAGGAUGUUGCAGUUGAGGCCUGAGAUGAGGGUUGGAGCUACUGAGGCGCUCACGCAUCCGUGGUUUAGAGACUUGCCGCAGGUGCAGCAGGCUCAGGCCGGGAGGGGGAUGGGUCAGCCGAUGAUGGGCGGUGUGUCUGCUGGUGGGCCGCAGGGGGGAUACGGGGUUAAUGUUUAUCAGUGA